AUGAGUGGUUCGAUUGUAAGGGCACUUAACUGGGACCUAGGGUAUGACCAGCGAUUUAUCGGUGUGAAUCCAAUUGGUGAUGAAGUUGUUUUGUAUCAAACUGAACAUGACGACCCUUCGAUAGAAUCAAACGACAUUGUGAAAGUCAAUAGUCGUAGCGGGUUUGACAAUAUCCAAUGUAGUUCUUACUCGUACGUGGAUGUCGGGCUCACUGGUGUGGGACAAAUUAAUGGGACGGUUAGUAUUUUUGACAUCACAGCAUCAUCCAAUUCGUCAGUACUCAAUUUGCGACCAAAGCAAAGCAGACCUUGUAAUUCACUCUGUUUCAACGACAAUGGGUUAAUAGCAGCUGGGUUUGAUAAAGGUAGACAAGAUAAUUCAUUACAGAUAUGGAACAUUGAACAUUAUUCUCGAACUAGUAACAACGACCACAUUAAAAGACCCUCAUAUUCAUAUAUUCCCAAUGAAGCUGUUUUAUCAUCAGUUUUUUACCCAGAUAAAUCAACCAGUUUGUUAGCUGGGAGUUAUAAGUUCUUGCGGGAAAUUGAUCUUAGAUCUGAAACACCCACAUUUCAAAUGGCUACUAGAUGUACCUUGGGGAUCACCAUCGAUUAUUUCCGACAACAUCUCUUCCUGUCCUUUUCUGAAGACGGAUCAUUUGCGGUAUGGGAUAGACGGAAAUUAACCAACAACACUUCAAAAUUUAAAACGUCACUGAGUGCAAAUGUAAUCUCCGAGAGUCCUCUACUUCAGUUCAACAAGUUAUUAAGUGAUUCGUCAAGAAAGAAUAGAAGUCCAUGUGUACGAAAUUCAACCAUUAGAAAAGGUGAAUUCGCUGCUGUUUUCAAUGGUGAUUUAAUUAGAAGAUGGAAUACGGGGAAUGUACCACCAUGCGAAGACCGCAAGGUAGCAAACUUGACGUCUAAAUCUACCACUGUAUCGACAGACAGUGUCACUCGUUCCCUCAAGCAACAGGCUGCACAAUUAUACAACCCCAAGGAUGAAUCACUAUUUGUAUCUUUAGUCCUCGAUACAAAGACAGAAUAUGAAAGAGUCAUUUCAUUUGAUUACUCUCCAGAUUUGACCUCCAACACUUCUACCCAUUUUGUGUGCAUGAGACAAUCUGGUUCAGUGUUUAGAAUGCCAGUGAAGGAAUCUAUUGAAUCUAUGAAUUUCAAUUCAUACAAUGAAUUCAUUUUUUCUGGUCCUGAUGGGACAAUGACAAAGUUUUUGGAAACAGACUUUCAAGACGUUCGUCAAAACAAUAUUAUAAGAGCUCAUGAACUUUCCAUGUCAGCGAACGGGAAUCAAGGUGCUACAGACAAUAAGAGGAGACUAUCUCAAAAAUUUGAUGGUAUGUCUGAGGAUGUGGAAUCUACAGUGGAUGAUGAGAGUGAAAUAGCCCUUUACAAUAAUAAUGGAAACUUAUUAAACAUAAAUGAUAGAGAAGACGACGAAGAUGAAUUUUUGCCAUUAAAUACCUAUUUGGGACUUUCUGAAGUUGUUAGCAAUGAUAUAUGUUAUAACAUCCGAAAGAAAGCAGCCCUUGGAUAUGGCACUGAUUGUGAAAAAAAUAUUCAAAUUUUGGAAGAACUAGAAGGUAUUGAUCCCCACGCGUUUCUUAUUAAUACUUGGAAGUGGUUACUCUUGGCCAAGAAGUCUCUAGACAAGGGUACUAUGGUUUCUCAAGGGUUGGACUUGGGAUACCUGGGUGUUUUAUGCAUUUGGAACGGGAUAAAUGAAAUCAAGAUGCAGAAUCGUUUCAAUAAGGAAAUGGGUCAUGUGACUGACCAAUGGUUCUCGCAUGCGGUCAAGUCUAUCGUCUCUUCUAAGGGGAAAAAGACUGCUGCUAUUAAUAUUUCAAGUAAUAGUGAAAGAAAAGCACAACGGAAACUUUGUCUCAUUGUUUCGGGCUGGUACCUUGCCGAUAAUGAGUUUGAAGAAAAACUUCAGGUAUUAGUGUCACUUGGAUUACAUGAAAAGGCAGCUGGAUGGGCAGUUUUUCAUGGAGAUGUUCCGAAGGCUAUCGAUAUUCUUGCAUCUUCAAAUAAGGAGAGACUUAGAAUUAUGUCAACGGCAGUUGCAGGAUACCUAGCAUACAAGAAUUCCAAUAUCAACAGUCCAUGGAAGGAUCAAUGUCGUAAAAUGGCAUCUGAAUUAGACAAUCCAUAUUUAAGAGCUAUUUUUGCAUUUAUCGCUGAUAAUGAUUGGUGGGAUGUCUUGGAUGAAAGUUCAUUACCAUUGCGUGAGAGACUUGGAGUUGCUUUAAGAUUUUUAUCAGACAAGGACUUGACGGUUUACUUGAAUAGAAUAGCAGAUACAGUAAUCGCCAAGGGAGAGUUAGAAGGUCUUAUAUUGACUGGAAUUACACCAAAGGGAAUUGAUUUAUUACAAUCGUAUGUCGAUCGUACUAGUGAUGUCCAAACUGCAGCUUUGAUAACAUCUUUUGGUUGCCCAAGAUAUUUCAGUGACACCAGAGUAGACCAUUGGAUACACUGUUAUAGAGAAUUACUUAAUAGUUGGAGUAUGUUUAACAUUAGAGCGAGAUUUGAUGUUUCGAGAACGAAAUUGUCGAAAACUAAUACUGGACUGACUACUAUUAAGGCUGCCCCUAAGCAAGUAUACCUACAAUGUAUUCGGUGCAACAAGAACCUUUCUAUAGCAAAAUCCCAUGGCAGCGGUGGAAGAAAUGGUAACCCAUCGAUGCUUUUAAAGCAAUUUAAUAAAAUGUCAUUGAAUCAUGACAACGAUGAUUUAAAGGCAUGUCCUCAUUGUGGAGCUCCACUUCCAAGAUGUUCUGUGUGUUUACUUUCUUUAGGUGCACCAGUCCCGAUUGAUUCUUCUGAACGGGCCAAUGAUAAUACAGUGGCGGGACGUAUAGAGAAUAGAUUCCGUGAAUGGUUCAGUUUCUGCUUAAGUUGCAAUCAUGGAGCUCAUGCAUACCACGCUGAAGAAUGGUUUUCCAAACAUUAUGUAUGCCCAGUACCAGAUUGUAACUGUCGAUGUAACAGUAAAUAA